ACCGCAUUAUAUCCAUCUUCCAUAGCUGAGUGUGUGAAUAGCAUCGAUUAUCCUUAUCACCGGGAACAAAGGCACAAACAAAUGAAAAAUCAAUCCAAAAAAGUUUGGGCGCGCGCACAAGUGCAGCGCGAACGGUGCCGAAUCCGUACACGCCUAACCACUCGGACAAAGAGCACGGGUCAAUAGUGUACCAAACAAAUGGCAAGGAAGACAAAUUGGUACCACCCUCCUUCGCGAGUGGUCAUAAACUAUCGUGUGAGGACGUUGCGUGUCGCAGUUGUUUAGCAUUAACAUCAUCCAACAAAAAAACAAAGGCUGCUGAAAAAACGGACCAUAAACUCGAAGGCAGGGAUAGAUAAUUUGUGGGAGAAAAUUCACAACAACGUUGGACGUCGGCGGCGGUCUGAUCGAUAAUCCCCACCUUCAACACCCUCCCUCAUGUGCAUGUAGCCGUUGUUUGUACGUGCAGUAUGAAUUUAAUAAUAUCUCAAAGGACUCAAAAACAAACGCCUGGCUCGUGCGCACGACUGUGUGAGGAAGUGUUGCCGGAAGGAGAAACUGCUGCCGUUUACUGAAUGAGCCAAAGCGAAUAAUGAAACCGAACAACUGUCUCGAAACGACCGACGAGAACAUAUCGCAACCAGUGCCAGCCGACCAUACGGACAACAGCAGUGCGCUAAAGAUCGUGAGCAAACAAUUCCUCUGUGGCACUCCGGUUCGAUCGAUCCGGUGGCAUGAUCUGUUUGAACGCGAACUAAGCUGGGACGAGCAGGCUGCUUUACUGGACGUGACGGUAGAUCAUCCGCUAGUGCGACGCUAUCCGCUCAGUGCCGAGUAUCAGGCAGCGUUUCUAAAAUAUAUCAUCACCAAGCUGUCCAGCAUGAACGUUGAGCAGCACGAUCGGAUGUACGAGAAUUAUUGCGCGAUGCUUUCACCCGGUACCGAGCUACCCUUGGACGAUCCGUCGAUCGGACUUAGCUACAAACAUUACGAACUUCCUCACGGACAGGGCGUUAUAUCGCUGAAAGAGUCCAGCGCGUUCGUAUCGGAUGGAACGACCGGGCUGUGUAGCUGGCAGGCGGCCAAAGCACUCUGUGAACACAUAUCGAACAAUCGGGAUGAUUUCCACGGACGGAACAUACUGGAGCUUGGUUCCGGGGUCGGUUUAUCCGGUAUCUAUCUAGCCAAAUGCUACGAACCUUCGAUCAUCGUAAUGUCGGAUUGCCACUCGUCCGUACUGACAGCGCUGAAGGAGAACGUUCGGCUAAAUUUCCCCAAUGCAGCACCGGUUGAGUGUGACAAUCCGUUGGUCAGUCUGCUGCUGGACAGUGGUAACACACUGAUGGGCGUGAUGGAUCUCGACUGGCAGUAUAUCAGUGCAUCGAACCUUAGCCAACUGAUCGAACCGGACGUGAUCGUGGCGGCCGACAUCGUGUACGAUCACACACUCUUUCCAGCACUUCUCUCAACGUUGAACUAUAUCUUCUGUCUGUCGAACAAUCGCUGCAAGUUUGUGCUUGCUUGUACCGAACGGAAUCAGGACACGUUGAAUGAGUUUCUGCAGUUGUUGAUCACCGCAAAGUUUCGCAUUAACGAAGAGACGGUUUCACCUUCGCGCCACUUUCACUGGGAUAGCAGCGCGUCCAACAUACGUAUCUUCACCAUAACGAGAGCCUUCUCAUAAGAUGCACACACACAUCCAC